AGCGUCUUGUCGGCUAAUCACCGAUUGGUAGUUGGUAUUUCAAUCCACCGCCAUGGCACCCGUGGUUGACUAUAGUCGGAACUUAGGUAUCAUACGAGGUUAUUCUCUUAGGUAUCGAUUUGCAGAGGACUCACCGCAGCGUUCUUUAGGAUAUCUAACUGCAACUAGGGCUGUAUGUCUAUAUAUCCAAUUUCGAAAUGAUUGCCAUUCCAAACACUUGGUUUGACAAAAAGGUCCAAGACGAGGUAGCGACCACAGAGCAGACUACCGCGCUUAAAGCUUACCUCGAGGAUGAUAUAGAAGCCGAGGAAGCGGCAGUGCUUAUUACUGCAGACGUGCACCAAGCAACCCUUGCUGACACAACCUCAGCCGAGGAAAUAAACGAAGAGCUAUGCAAGCUCUGGGGAUUUUUCGUUGACGUCAUCGUGGACUGGCCUUCGGAGCACAUCAAGAUUGCCAACCUUUUAGAUACCAUAAGCAAGCUUCCACAUGUUGACCGCACCGGAAGAGACAGCUUGGAAAUGUUCAUGGAUGUGACCGGGACGGUCAGAGCCUCUGAGCUGUGGCAGGAUCUCCCUAGAUUCUGGAACACGUUUAGCGAUUACUGGCAUUCAUUAGCUGGUUGGCCAUACAGUCGACCUGAAUCCAGCGCAGAAACGGCUGCUAACUCUGAAUGGACUAAUAUCAACGCAUUCGCCGCGAUAGUCUUUAUGGGCGGCCCGUUUGCGGACAUGCCGCUUUUAGGAGAUUGGGGCUGCUAUGUUAUAAAGAAGGCGUCGAGGUCGGAUUACGAGCCUAUAGAAGUGCAUAUUCCCUCGGCAGCUGUGUGGAUGCGGUUUGCCGGCAAGGAACUAUAUCACUCUUACUCGACGCGGUACGAGGGACCUUUAAUGCAGGAGAGGUGGGAGGGUUGGAGGAAGGAGUUUAAGAAGAUUGCUAGGAACGAUGUGGUAGAUGUUGAUAUUAGAGAGGAUGCGGCCGAAUUGGCGGCGUUGAUGGGGAUGCCUUUAUGAGCGGGUAAAGUCGGGAGAUAGCAUUCUAUUGUUUGUACCUAUAUUAAGACGCGGAAGAAAUAGGUUCCUAUUCGUGUAAUAAUUAUAUGCUUUAAUCUUGAAGCAUCGUAAGUCUUAUAGGAGAGGUCCCUAUUUAUAUACCUGAGGAAUAUAUACCUGAGGAAGGUACGGGGUAUACAGCUCCUCCGUUGCUGCCACGCCGAUGCGCUUAGGUUAGCGGUAGUUUCGGGUACCGGUAGGGCUAAUCUCGGUAUUAGUAGCGGGAGAAGCGGGUCCCUCCCGCUAACGAUCGCGUGCUCGCUCGACAUGCAAAAACCCUCUUUCCCUCACGAGUCAUCGUCUUUAUCGUUCGUUGUAAGUUAAGUCGACGAUAUU